AUGCCUCCCACCCACAUCUCAGGCACCUCCCGCGCCCUCUACCGUGUAUUCGUAGCCCCAAAUCUCCGCGCUACAAGCUCAAUACCAAUCCUAUACGCACCAGCCUUCGCUCCCUCCCAUCACAGUCGAAGCCAGACCCCAAGUCUUAUCUCACGAACAUGCAUCCGCACCAAGAAAUACACCAAAGACACGCGCCGCCACGCGCUCUCUGACUACUUCGUGAUCGACCGCGCAAUCGAAGCAGACAACAUCAACCUCGUAGACAAGGAUGGUACAUUCCACAAUAGUGUCCCUCUCAGCGAAGCCUUAUCGUCGUUUAAUAAGGUCACACAUCACUUGGUGCAAAUGUCUGCCGGCAAAGUCGACAACCUCGGGCGCAUAGACUCGCUCAACAUCCCCACCUGCCGUGUGAUUUCCAAGAUGGAACUGCGAGCGCAGCACCAGCGUAAACUCGACAUACUGCGUCGCCAAGCUAAGAAUCAAUCAACGGGUCCUGCAUCGAAGAGCUUGGAACUAAAUUGGGCGAUUGCGGGUGGGGAUCUCAAGCAUAGGCUGGAGAGACUGAAGGAGUUCCUGAGGGAGGGGAGGAAAGUUGACAUUAUGCUUGGGCCGAAGAAGAAGGGGCGAAAGGCUACGGAAGAGGAGGCAAAGGGUGUGAUAAAGGCCGUAAGGGAUGCGGUGGUAGAAUGCAAGGGGGCGGGGGAAGUUAAAUCAGAAGGGCAGGUAGGGGGUGUCAUGACGAUUGUGUUUGAGGGAAGGAAGAUUGAGGAGAAAAAAGAGGAUGUGAAAUUAGAGGACAAAGCAGCGUGA